ACAGCUUUCUUUUGUUACGAUCACCGGGUGAUGAAAAUUUCUGAAAAAUACGAAAAUUUAUAAACUCCAUAUAAAGUCAGUUGUUAGUCCGUAGAAUUAGUCAAUAAUUUUAAAAAUGGCUGUUCGUCUAACAGUUUGUAAAGAAAAGCCAGCAAUCGCUGCCCUUUUGUGCGCAGAGUACUUGAAGAAAUCUGAUGUGUCUUGGGAAUAUGGCAAAACAAAUGAUCUUAGUUUAGAUGGAACAAGUAUGUUUAUAAACACUGCGUCUAUGUGCCGCUAUCUUGGUCGGCUUCAUCCAGAUGGUAAACUUCUCGGAGAAUCAGUAUUGGAAAGGACAGAGGUUGACCAUUGGUUCAGUUUUGCAUGGGGUGAGCUGGGAUGUAGCUCAGGAUUCAAUGCAGCUGUGCAAUACCUUGAUAGUGUGCUUGGACCCGUUACCUACCUGGUUGGACCAACCCUGACAGCUGCAGAUUUUGCUAUUUGGGAGAAUCUGUAUUUGAGUACUCCUUGGCAGACAAUGUUGGAGAACGGGAAAGCACCAACCAAUGUGAGAAGGUACUAUGAGUUCCUCUGUGCUCAGGAAGUGUUCCAGUUUAUUCAGGGACAGAUACCCAAAGCGUUGUCUAGAGCUUCUCCAGAGAAGAAAGGGGAAUCUUCUGUGAAGAAAGAUGUAGGCAAGUUUAUUGACCUACCAGGAGCUGAGAUGGGUAAAGUUGUGGUCAGAUUCCCUCCAGAGGCUAGUGGGUAUUUGCACAUAGGUCAUGCCAAGGCAGCCCUGUUAAAUCAGUACUACCAGCAGAAUUUCAAGGGGACACUAAUUAUGAGGUUUGAUGAUACCAAUCCAGCCAAAGAAAAUGAGGAAUUUGAGAAGGUCAUCUUGGAUGAUGUAGCAAUGUUGGGAAUAAAGUACGACCGGUUCACUCACACGUCAGACCACUUUGACAGGCUGAUGGAACUCUGUGAAAAGAUGAUACGAGAGGGAAAAGCUUUCGUUGAUGACACUGACCCAGAAACAAUGAAGAAAGAGCGAGAGGAAAGAGCUAACUCUAAAAAUAGGGACAACUCUGUUGAGAAGAAUCUGUCAUUAUGGGAGGAGAUGAAAAAAGGUACAAGUAAAGGUCAGACUUGCUGUGUACGGGCUAAAAUAGAUAUGAAAUCUGACAAUGGGUGUAUGAGGGAUCCCACCAUGUAUAGAUGUAAAAAUGAAAGUCAUGUUCGAACUGGCAAUAAAUACAAGGCAUAUCCGACGUAUGACUUUGCUUGUCCUAUAGUGGAUAGUGUAGAGGAAGUGACCCAUGCUAUGAGGACAACGGAAUACCUAGAUAGAGAUCAUCAGUAUAUGUGGUUCUUAGAUGCCUUAGGUCUCAGAAAACCUUACAUUUACUCGUAUAGUAGGCUGAACCUACAGAACACAGUUCUCUCUAAGAGGAAACUCACUUGGUUUGUUGAUUCUGGCAUGGUAGAUGGAUGGGAUGAUCCUCGGUUCCCAACUGUGAGAGGGGUAUUGAGGAGAGGGAUGACUGUAGAAGGCUUAAAACAGUUUAUUGUAGCUCAGGGUUCUUCAAAGUCAGUCAAUAUGAUGGAAUGGGACAAGAUAUGGGCUGUUAAUAAGAAGGUGAUAGAUCCUGUAGUACCACGAUACACAGCUCUUCUCAAGGCUGAGGUAGUUGUUGUCAAUGUGAAGGGAGCAACAGAGGGAUCUAAGCAAGUUGGAAAACACCCAAAGAAUGAAGAAGCAGGAUUAAAAACUAUCUACUACUCUUCAAAGUUGUACAUUGAUGGUGCUGAUGCUGCAGUGAUCAGUGAGGGAGAAAUUGUUACCUUCAUAAACUGGGGAAACCUCCGUAUUGCCAAGAUAAACAAAUCUGGAGGUAAAAUUACAUCGAUUGAUGCUGAACUUAACCUGGAGAAUACAGACUACAAGAAAACUCAGAAGAUAACGUGGUUGGGAGAAACAUCAGAUUCUGCAGGCCAGUUUACACCAACAGUUUGUGUUCACUAUGACCACAUCAUCACCAAGGCUAUCCUGGGCAAGGAGGAAGAUUUUAAAGAAUAUGUGAAUAAGAACUCAAAGGAAGAGUUAACCAUGAUGGGAGACCCGUACCUGGCUACUCUGAAGAAAGGGGACAUAAUACAGUUACAGAGGAGGGGCUACUACAUCUGUGACCAACCUUAUGAACCUGUCAGUCGUUACACUGGCAAAGAGAGUCCUUGUGUUCUCUUCCUUAUUCCUGAUGGACACACGAAGGAAAUGCCAACAUCUGGAUCUAAACACAAAGAAGAACCAAGCAAAAAAGAAAAAGCUCAAAGUAAGAAAGGCAAGGCUGCAGAGAAGUCCCCACAAGAAGAAAUACCCCCAGCACAGCCAGGAGCCACUGAUGUUACCCGGCUUAAUGAUCAGAUCACAGAACAGGGAACCAAAGUCAGAGAUCUGAAGGCAGCCAAGGCUUUCAAGCCAGAAGUUGAUGCUGCAGUGAAGAUAUUACUGUCCCUGAAAGCAGACUAUAAGACAGCCACUGGCAAAGAUUGGAAACCAGGUCAACAACCAGCAACUGCCAGUAAACCUGCAGUCAGUGCACCAUCUGCUGGGGGAGGGGCUGAUGAGAUCAAUGAGAAGAUUGCAGCACAAGGGAAUACAGUGAGAGAUUUGAAGGCCAAGAAAGCUGAUAAAGCUGAAAUUGAUGCAGCAGUAAAGACCUUGCUGGCCCUGAAAGCAGACUAUAAGACAGCCACUGGCAAAGAUUGGAAGCCAGGUCAACAACCAGCAACUGCCAGUAAACCUGCAGCCAGUGCACCAUCUGCUGGGGGAGGGGCUGAUGAGAUCAAUGAGAAGAUAGUUGCACAAGGAAAUACAGUGAGAGAUCUGAAAGCCAAGAAAGUUCCAAAGGAUGAGGUUGAUGCUGCCGUAAAGAAUCUUCUGGCACUGAAAACCGAGUACAAGUCUGCUACUGGCAAGGAGUGGAAACCUGGCGCACAUGUGGCUGGUUCCAAGCCUGGCAGUGACAGUAACAAGGAUGUAAAACAGGAGAGCAACAAGAGUAAACUUAUAGAUGAUCUAAACAACAAGAUAGUAGCACAGGGGAAUAAAGUCAGAGAGCUGAAGAAUAAUAAAGUACCAAAGGACCAGGUAGAUGCUGAGGUGAAGGUGUUGUUAAAUCUGAAAGCUGAGUACAAGACUGCUGCAGGUAAGGAGUGGAAACCAGGUCAGGUCAGCACCACACCACAGAAGGUAGAGGUUCAAACAGAGGUACCUGCUGAAGCGGACAGCAUGGCAGACUCAGCUGCCGCUGUUGAACUGAAGGCCAAGAUUGAUGCACAGGGAGCUAAAGUCAGAGAUCUUAAAGCAGCAAAGGCACCAAAGGAUGAAGUUGACCGUGAGGUGCAGAACCUUCUUUCACUGAAGAAACAAUACAAAGAUCUUACUGGAGAAGAUCCAGCUGGAGGUGGAGGUAAACGGGAUAAGAAAGACAAGAAGGCAAACAAAGAAAACAAACAAGAUGGAAAGAAAGAGAAACAAGAUAAACAACAGCAGAAACAACACACUGAAGAUGGCUCCAGAGAGGUGAAAAAGCACACAAGACUGGGUCUAGAAGCCAAAAAGGAAGAGAAUCUAUCAGACUGGUAUUCCCAGAUCAUUACAAAAGCGGAGAUGAUAGAGUAUUAUGAUGUCAGUGGCUGUUACAUUCUCCGCCCCUGGUCAUACUCUAUAUGGGAGGUGAUCAAGGAAUUUUUCGAUACAGAAAUAAAGAAGCUGGGUGUUGAGAACACAUAUUUCCCAAUGUUUGUUUCAAAUGCAGCUCUGGAAAGAGAGAAAACACAUAUAGAGGACUUUGCUCCAGAGGUUGCCUGGGUGACAAGGUCAGGUAAGUCUGACCUAGCCGAGCCAAUAGCUAUACGUCCAACUAGUGAAACUGUGAUGUAUCCAUCGUAUGCUAAGUGGAUAAAAUCACACAGAGAUCUACCACUGAAAUUGAACCAGUGGUGUAAUGUGGUGAGAUGGGAAUUCAAGCACCCACAGCCAUUUUUAAGAACAAGAGAGUUUCUGUGGCAAGAAGGACAUACAGCUUGGGCUAACCCAGAGGAUGCUUGUGAGGAGGUCUAUGCCAUUCUAGAGCUGUAUGCGCGUGUGUAUGAAGAAUAUUUAGCUAUACCAGUGGUACGAGGUAGGAAGACGGAGAAAGAAAAGUUUGCUGGUGGUGACUUUACCACCACUGUGGAGGCAUACAUCUCUGCUAGCGGUAGGGCUAUUCAGGGUGCAACAUCACAUCAUCUAGGUCAGAACUUCUCUAAGAUGUUUGAAAUUGUAUAUGAGGAUCCAGAAACACGUGAAAAGAAGUAUGUGUUCCAGAAUUCAUGGGGUAUAACAACAAGAACUAUAGGUGUAAUGUGUAUGGUACAUGGUGACAAUACAGGCCUUGUCCUGCCACCAAAGGUUGCAUGUUUACAGGUUGUGAUUGUACCCUGUGGUAUCACUGCCAAUCUAUUACAAGAAGACAAUGACAAGCUGAUGGAUGCUUGCACGUCACUCAAGAAGACACUAGCACAGGGUGGAAUUAGAGUAAAGGAAGAUCUUAGAGAUAACUAUUCCCCAGGGUGGAAGUUCAACCACUGGGAACUUAAGGGUGUUCCACUACGUGUAGAGUUGGGCCCACGAGAUCUGAAACAGAACCAGAUGGUAGUGGUACGACGAGACACUGGAGAGAAGCUGACAUUGAAAAAUGAAAAUAUCGUACAACAAAUCAAAGAUCUACUAGAAAACAUACAAACUUCUCUCUUUAAUAAAGCCAAGAAGGAUCUGGAUGCAUAUCUGACGGUGUCACAUGACUGGGAGGAGUUCUGUAAUGGACUUGAUCAGAAGAAACUAAUACAAGCUCCAUUCUGUGGGGAAAUACCAUGUGAAGAUGCCAUCAAAAAAGAUAGUGCCAGAGAUGUGGUAGUAGAGGAAGGGGCACCAGCUAUGGGAGCCAAGGGUUUGUGUAUACCAUUUAAGCAGCCAGAGGAAUUGAAAAAGGGAACCAAAUGUAUACACCCAGACUGUGGAAGGGAGGCCAAAUUCUUUACUCUGUUUGGUCGCAGUUAUUAAAGAUAAAGACUGUAGGCUUUAAACCUUAUUGUUGAAUGGAAAUUGACAGAUCUUUUAUAACAUUUUACAUACAAAUGUAUGUGGAUAAAUCAGCUGUUAAAUAUUUUGUAUUAAAUGUUUAUAUAUGUUUAUACAAGUGAGUCCAUAAGGUGAUAGAAAUGUGUUUGUAAGAGAGACAACAUGGUACUUGUUUGCAGUAUAUGAUAUUGAUAUUUUAUGUUUGAAAAUUCUUGUUAAAAGUAAAGUGUUGGAGAUUGUUUACUAUUAAUUUCUCUAAUGAUUUUUCUUGCACCAAGUAUGCCAGUUAUUCUGCUAGAAAAAUUAAGGUCCUUUGAAACACCUGUAUUUAUUGGUUAGUGCAAUUUUGUAUAAGACAUUAGAAAAUAGAUUAAAACAGACCAGAACAGAG